CGGACAGUCAAAAAACGAACCCGUCUCCCCACAUCUCGUCUUCUUUCUCUCUAGCAGCUUAUGUUAUCUAUGCACUAAAACUGCGCCGUUUUGAAGCUCUAAUACCAAUGCUCUCAUUUGCGGUUUGCCCCAUGUAUCUCUUCCUUCUCUUCUAUCUUCUUUCAGCGUUUUGAUCAAAAGAUAUUCUGGGAAGAAGUUAUACUUGAUGUCUCCGCCAGCUAUUGAUUCUGCCUUGCUAUCCUCGCCUAGCGAGCCCUUAUGUAGAUCUUUUAAUGUGUGUGUAGAGGUAGCAAAUCCAGCCGAAAUUUUACCUGUGCUGGAAGCUCCUAUUUCUUCUGGGUCUGAUAACUGUAACAUUCCAAAACCACCACCUCUCCCUGGUAAAAUGUGUACAAGAGCUAAGUAUUUAAAAACGCCUCUGGAGUGCAGCUUUGUCCCAAAGGAAACAAAGGAUAUUUGGGACAAGCUUUUUAAGGAAGGGUAUGGUGCUGAUGUUUGUAUUAUCACUGAGGAUAAAUCAUGUGUUGUAGCUCAUUCAAAUAUUUUGAGUGUUGCGUCACCUGUGCUGGGUAACAUUGUCGGGCAAUCAAAAGUCAAGCAUGGCAUGAGAUUCAUCAAAAUUCCUGGAAUUCCUCAUUAUGCUGUCCGCUUGUUUAUUCGUUUUUUAUAUUCAUCCUGUUAUGAAGAGGAAGAGCUGAAGAAGUUUGUUCUCCAUCUAUUAGUCUUGUCACAUUCCUACUCAGUUCCAGCACUAAAAAGAGUUUGUAUUUACUUACUGGGGCAAGGCUGGCUUACCAAAGAAAAUGUGAUAGAUGUCCUUCAGUUAGCAAGGAAUUGUGAUGCACCUAGGCUUACAUUCAUUUGUGUUCGUAUGGUUGUAAAGAAUUUCAAAUCUGUAUCUUCGACUGAAGGGUGGAAAGUGAUGAAGCGUGCCAAUCCAGCUCUUGAACAAGAACUUCUAGAGUCUGUUGUUGAAGCAGAUUCUAGAAAGCAAGAAAGACAGAGGAAAAUAGAAGAGAAAAAGGUCUACUUUCAGUUGUAUGAAGCAAUGGAGGCCCUACUUCACAUUUGCAAGGAUGGCUGUAGGACAAUUGGACCCCGUGACAAGGUGCUGAAAGGAAGCCAGGCUAACUGCAAUUUUCCUGCUUGUAAGGGACUUGAAGCUUUAGUGCGUCAUUUCUCCAAUUGUAAGACUCGGGUCCCUGGUGGAUGUGUUCACUGCAAGCGCAUGUGGCAGCUUCUUGAACUGCAUUCCCGCAUGUGCAAUGAGCCUGAUUCCUGCAAGGUUCCUCUUUGUAGGCAUUUUAAAGAGAAAAUGCAGCAGCAGAGCAAGAAAGAUGAGACUAAGUGGAAGCUGUUAGUCAGCAAAGUUAUUGCAACAAAGAAUGCAGUAGGGUUAUUCUCAUCUCGGCGUUCAGGUGUAGUUUGACAUCUCAAAUGUGAAAAAUGGCAUUACCAUGUAUUUUUAUUUGAAGUGGUUAAUGCUCCAUAGUAACUUACAGAAGUUGUGAAAUGGGAAAAUUAAAAAUGAAAAGAAUAUUAUUAAUGCGUUAAUGACAGAAUAAACACUACUAGUAAUUUCUUCAUUAGAAGGAUUAUUCUGUUUUUUUUUCUUUCUUUCCUUUUCGUAAAAAGGCAGCUUGAUGCGUAAAGUUCCUGCUAUGUCCAGAAUCCGAAAAAGGGUCUAUUGU